AUGUUCACUGUUCUGUUAUUGGUAGUCGUAGCAUAUGCUACAAAUUUCAAUACUUGGGUUGCAAAUAAUAAUAAACAUUUUACUAUUGUUGAAUCUCUUAGAAGAAGAGCUAUUUUCAAUAAUAAUGCUCGUUUUAUUGCUAAAUUCAAUAAAAACAAUUCAUUCAAAUUAUCAGUUGAAGGACCAUUUGCUGCAAUGACUGAGGCUGAAUAUAAUUCUAUGUUAAAACCAUUUGUCAUUGAUGAACAACAUGAAGAGAUUAUUAAUGAUUCUAUGAGAGAUGCACCAGAGUCUGUUGAUUGGAGAGCUCAAGGGAAAGUUCCAGCCAUUAGAGACCAAGCAUCAUGUGGGUCAUGUUAUAGUUUUGCUUCUGUUGCUGCUAUUGAAGGAAGAUUGUUGGUUGCUGGAUCAAAGAAAUUUACAGUUGAAGAUCUUGAUCUUUCAGAGCAACAACUUGUUGACUGCUCUGUUUCUGUUGGAAAUAAAGGAUGUAAUGGAGGUUCUCUUCUUUUAAGUUUCAGAUAUGUUAAAUUAAAUGGAAUAAUGCAAGAAAAAGAUUAUCCAUAUGUUGCUGCUGAAGAAACUUGUACUUAUGAUAAAAAGAAAGUUGCUGUUAAAAUUACUGGACAAAAAUUAGUUAGACCAGGAAGUGAAAAAGCACUUAUGCGUGCUGCUGCUGAAGGACCAGUUGCUGCUGCUAUUGAUGCUUCUGGAGUUAAAUUCCAAUUAUAUAAGAGUGGUAUAUAUAAUAGUAAAGAAUGUUCAUCAACUCAGCUUAAUCAUGGUGUAGCAGUAGUUGGUUAUGGUACUCAAAAUGGAACUGAAUAUUGGAUUGUUAGAAAUUCAUGGGGAACUAUUUGGGGAGAUCAAGGAUAUGUUUUAAUGUCAAGAAAUAAGAAUAAUCAAUGUGGUAUUGCUUCAGGAGCUGCUUAUCCAGUUGGGGUUGCUGAUGCUUAA